AUGCGCUUUCGUCGGGGCGCGCUCCUGCUGGCGUUCCUGGCCGCACCCUUGUUCUUCGCAUUUGCUGGGCCAUGGAAAGCAAGGAGAGCUCCGCAGCUGGCGAGACAGCAAUCUGGAUUCGUGGAAGAUUUUCUGCCAAAGCAGGCAGACGGAGAAAGUGAUGCCACGAUACCAGCGGUCAAGGGCAAGGCAUAUUCGGAGUCGAUGAGAGAAGGCACAAAGGAUGAGAAGGAUAUGAACAUCUUUGAAUCCGGUACCCUCGGCGUCCUGGGGGCGGUCAUUCUUGCGGGCGGCGUCUUCGUCCUCGGCAUCCUCGGAGGUGGACCAGAUCGGGUGACCGAUGCGCAGUAUCUCGCUGCAGUUGGAGCUGACAGAAUGUGA